CGCCUGCGCACUAGCGAAUCCAGAGGAUCUCUCGCGAGGAAGGACGCCAUUAUCGCAGCCGCCCGACCAAACACCACGAGAAUUCGGCAAGGCAAACGAUUUAGAUUUGCAUGCCUUGACACCUCAUUGCUGCUGCCUGAAUCUGAAUGAUGACAGAGCAGGAUUUAGCCGACGUGGUUCAGAUUGCUGUGGAGGACCUGAAUCCAGAUCACCCAGUUGUGCUGGAAAAUCACGAAGUGGCAGAUGAAGAUGUCGAUCCACCUUUAAAGCGCCCCCGGAUAGAGAUUAACUGCCAAGAUCCCUCAAUUAAGUCGUUCCUGUAUUCCAUUAACCAGACAAUCUGCCUGCGCCUGGAUAGCAUUGAAGCCAAGCUCCUUGCCCUUGAAGCCACCUGCAAGUCCCUGGAAGAGAAGCUGGACCUGGUCAUGAACAAGCAGCACAGCCCUAUCCAGGUCCCCAUGGUGGCAGGCUCUCCGCUGGGCGCUACACAGACAUGCAACAAAGUGAGAUGCGUCGUCCCUCAGACCACAGUAAUACUGAACAACGACCGUCAGAAUUCCAUCGUAGCCAAGAUGGUGGGGCAAGAAGAGACUUUGAGCAGAGCAGCAGAUUCACUGGAGAAUAUCCUAAGCAAUGCCGUUCCUGGACGUAGACAGAACACGAUUGUAGUGAAAGUCCCGGGGCACGAAGACAGUCACAACGAAGACGGGGACAGCGGCUCUGAAGCCAGCGACUCGGUCUCCAACAGUGGCCAGCUGGGAGGCCAGAGUAUCGGAAACAAUGUUACCCUGAUUACACUGAACUCCGAAGAGGAUUAUCCCAGCGGAACGUGGCUGGGAGACGAGAACAAUCCCGAGAUGCGGGUGCGCUGCCCCAUCACGGCCGCAGACAUGCUGCACAUCAGCACCAACUGCCGCACAGCAGAGAAGAUGGCGCUGACGUUGCUGGAUUACCUCUUUCACCGGGAAAUCCAGGCCAUCUCCAACCUUUCCGGCCAAGGGAAGCAUGGGAAGAAACAGCUAGACCCCCUCAUGAUUUACGGCAUUCGCUGUCACCUUUUUUAUAAAUUUGGCAUCACAGAAUCCGACUGGUACCGGAUCAAGCAGAGCAUAGACUCCAAAUGCCGAACGGCUUGGCGGAGAAAGCAGCGGGGCCAGAGCCUGGCCGUGAAAAGCUUCUCAAGGCGCACACCGUCCUCCUCAUCAUAUAGCGGCUCAGAGAGCGCUCAGAGUACAGCGUCUGCCCCAAACGAGAUCCAAGCAAACCAGCCACAGGCUCUGCACUAUGCUCUAGCCAACGCCCAACAGGUCCAGAUCCAUCAGAUAGGAGAAGACGGGCAAGUCCAAGUAAUCCCGCAGGGUCAUCUCCACAUAGCCCAGGUGCCACAAGGCGAGCAGGUGCAGAUCACGCAAGACAGCGAGGGUAACUUGCAGAUACAUCAGGUUCACGUUGGACAAGAUGGGCAGGUGCUACAGGGUGCGCAGUUGAUUGCCGUGGCCUCCUCUGAUCCCGCAGCCGGUGGUGUUGAUGGCUCGCCGCUCCAAGGGAGUGAUAUCCAAGUCCAGUACGUCCAGCUGGCUCCAGUGACGGACCACUCAGCUGCAAAUCAAAGUGCAGAUUCCCUCCAGUCUGCUAUCCAGCCAGAGAUGCAAAUAGACCACGGAGCCAUUCAGAUCCAGUGAGCAGGAGCCGACGGGAGAACGGGAGCCCCAGGUCGUCAGUCUCAGCCGGCAGCGGCAGCCGGCAGCCAAAGAGCAAGUCCUCGGCUUCUCAGCCCGGGGGACGGUCUCAUUGGUGUUUCCUGUACAUACAAGCGUGGCCUAAAUCUGUGGAUCGGGUCUUCUUGAGCUACGCUCACGUCCACUGAUGAAAUCACGCCCCAGAGCCCCUCGAACAACGGUGGCAGCUGCCAUAUUUUCACUCCAGGAGAAAAAAAAACUCUGAGGUUUAGCCAUACUCUUAAAAAAAGAGAGAAAGAGAGCAAAUAAUCUCGCAGCAGGCGAAAGCUAGUUAAAUUAAUUAAUCAAGAGAUUACAGGCAGAUUAACAUACCUUUCUUGUGUUUGUUCUGUAACUCAUACCCUUGAAAGCAUGUAGACACCUUAUCGGACGUGCGGCUGUCUCGAGCCCCAUACCUACCACCACUCCAAAAGAAUCAAGAGUGCAAAUAUAUUUUGCUGAUCAGAGAAGAUUUUUUUAAUUCACUAUGUUGUUUAUAACAAAAAAAAUAUGUAUUUAAGAAAGAAGAAAAAUGGGGGAAAGGUCCAUUAUUACAAACGUUAGCUAUUUUGCUGGUGAUUUUUCUGUUUCAGUAGAAUCAAAAAAGUAUUUACACACACACACACACACACACACAAUAUUAAAAACCCUUACCAGAAAAGCCCAGCCCUUUAUUUGUUUGUAUUGUUGCUUAACUAGUUUUCUAAGGGGAAAGCUACUAUCCAACAGUGUAAUUAUGCAUUUCUAAGGAAAUAAAUGUGUAUUUAUGAA